UGAAACGUGCACGCGACAAUAACAAAGAUUAUUGGGCGUGAGGCGUUUUGGUAAGUUUGAUACAAUUCCGAGUUGGAUACAAUCUUUGGAUACAAUCUUCGGAUUUCUCAUACAGGCGCCAUCAGUAUGUCCCAACUCGAUCCGCUGCCAGCAGAUCUGCCCUUUCGCAUUGUAUCAAAAACAAUCGGACGAGGGGCAUAUGCUUCGAUUAAAAAGGCUAUCCCGCCAACGACCACCAACCCAGUCUUCGCCGUCAAGUUCAUUCACAAGACCUACGCCGUCAAACAUGGCCGGAUAUCAGCUAAGCAGAUUGCGAUGGAGGUGUCCCUUCACUCGCAUGUCGGACAACACCCCAAUAUUAUAGAGUGGUUUGCAACCGGCGAGGAUUCGAUAUGGAGGUGGAUCGCUAUGGAAUAUGCCUCUGGAGGCGACCUAUUCGACAAGAUUGAGGCAGAUGUUGGAGUCAGCGAAGAUAUUGCACACUUUUAUUUUCUCCAGCUCAUAAGUGGAAUUGGCUACAUGCACUCAAAGGGCGUCAGCCACCGCGAUAUCAAACCGGAGAACAUCCUCCUCUCUGAGAAUGGUGACUUGAAGAUAGCGGAUUUUGGCCUCGCAACCCUUUUCGAGUACCAGGGAAAGACGAAGCUAGCCACGACAAUGUGUGGAAGCCCCCCAUAUAUCGCCCCGGAAGUCAUAAGUUGUGCGAGAACUACAGAUCCGAGGACCCGUGCCUCCAAGGGCAGCGGCUAUGCGGCGGAUUUGGUGGAUCUCUGGUCUUGCGGUGUUGUGCUUUUCGUUCUUCUCGUAGGCAACACACCCUGGGAUGAACCGACUGCUUCAUCUUGGGAAUUCAAUGAGUACGCCGCGAAUAGUACUGCGAGCGCCGACAGUCUUUGGGAGAGGCUCCCUUCGUCCACUCUGUCUCUUUUACGCGGCAUGAUGAGCAUCGACACCACCAAGCGCUUCUCUCUCGAAAUGAUUCGGAGGCAUCCUUGGUAUACGCGGAAGAACCCAUUGCUUACUCCUGAAGGCAGGAUGGCUGAUCCUCUUGGCAUGGCAGCUAAGAUGUUGGAGAACCUCCAUAUUGACUUCAGCCAGCAACCAGCAGCCUCCCAAAGGCAGUCCCAGUAUAACCACGACAAAAUGGAUGUCGACUCUUCAGAGGCGGUACGCAAGGUAUCGUCCUCGCAACCGGAUACACCGAUAAGCGACCCCUUCUUCGAGUUGGAGCGCCCUGUUCGUGUUUCUGCAGUCGCCGCCAGCCAGCCAGUGUCCAACAAUACUGUCCCAGGACAUUACUUGCCGCCGAACUCCUCGCUCGCAGAUGAGCCUUCGAUGUCUCAAUUUACUUCUGUGCCAACGGUAUCGCUGUCAUUGACACAGCACGCGCGUCGUUUCCAGGAUAUUGUUCCCGCAUACUCGCUCACGCGGUUCUUCUCUCACGUUUCUCCCGCUUUACUGGCUGGCCUUCUUGGGGCGGCGCUUCAUACACUCAAUAUCCCGACUCCAUCGCCACCUGUUUGUGAAAACCAAGAGACAGUGUCAUGGAUAAAAGUGAAGACAACAGAUGGAAGAGGCUGUAGCCUGAACGGAGACAUUCUGGUAGAAAGAUAUGACGGUGGAUCAGAGGUUGGGCAACUGCUAGAGGUCAGGUUUGUGAAGAUCAAGGGUGAUCCGCUGGAGUGGAGAAGGCUCUUCAAGAAUGUCGUGAUACUAUGUAAAGAUGGGGUUUAUGUGCCUGGUGGCUAAGGGGCGAGCGAAAUGAAUUUUAUUGAUGGCAUGGUUGGAGUUGGAUAACGCGCUUGGACAUUGGGCUUUGAUAGAUGUUAAUUGUCAUCUGGAACGGAGGCUCCAGAACAAUAGAGUCUUCGGAAUUUGGUUUCAUUCACCAUUUACCAGUGUUCCUGCGUUUCAGUGCAUAGAAUUUACUAUAAUGAAACAGAAGGGAAUAACAGUG